AAACAAUGUGGCCUACUCUCGAAGAAUUUAAAACCAAUCUUAAAAAUUGGCUUAAAGCCAAUCAUUCAUCUUAUAUAAGUGAAGUAGCUCUUAAAGAAAAUGAAGGAUAUAAGAGGGAUAUACGCUGCUGCAAAUGGAAGAAAUCGAAUAAAGUCAGGAAAUGCUACAAUAGAUUAUAUGAUAAUAAUAAUAAUUCGAUAGAAAAUAUUGCUAAAUACGCGUUUUCUAAUAUUUCUGAAGACGAUGAAUCAUUUAAUGAUAUAUAUACAUACACGACAGCUAUCUGUAAUAUAGUCUUGAACCCAGAAUAUCCAGAGCUUGAGUGUGCGAAAAAACCUCUAGAAUGA